AACCCACUUAAAUGCAGUAACAAAUGCCCAACUCGAUUCAAACUUUUCAUUUAAGAAGAAAAAUCUGGCUUUGUGGGCUCUCAUAAUUAUGGUUCAUAUGUGAAUCGUGAUUGGAAUGCGAUAUUAGAGAGGGAAUUGGUGGAGCCUUGGGGAAUGGGUCUGAGCUGAGACUCUGGAUUCUUUCGUUCUCUUCUUUUGGGUCUAUAAGAUUGAAAAGGGAAGAAAAUGAAGAUUGAGUCUUUGUCCCUUGUGAAAAGUUUUCGAUUCUGCGGAGAGUAGCAGGAGAUGCGAAUAGCCGAUUUCCUCGAUUGCGACAAAGAAGACUUCGGAAAGAUGGGUGGGAGAAGAAGACGAAAAGGGUUUUCUGGUGGUUCUUUCAGUCAUUCUCCGUGGUGGGUUUUGUCUCGUUGCCUCUCUUGUUUCAAGCCGAGGUCAGGGGAGCUAAGCAACUCCCGAAGCAAGGUAGUGUUGGCGGAGACAGGGGAGAGGAGAACAAAGGAAUCGGGAAGGAGAGAGGAGAGGAAACCGAUUGAUGGGUCUUUCCCAUUAGGCUGUCGGACGGAUGGAGCGAAAGGCGAGUCAUCAUCUUCUUUGGUAGAAGAGUCUACAAGAAGUUCUGAAAUUGUUGACUCAUCAGUUGAAUCUUCAGCAAUACAUGUGAAGGAACUAUCUUUCAACUUGGGUCUUGGUGUUGGGCUGCUUUUUCUUAUUGCUGAAAGUAAAAAUGAGUUCAAGAAGAUGAUGGAGCUGCGGACACAAAUGGAACUGCUUCUCAAAGAAAAUAAAGAUGGAAUGCAAAGGAAAGAUCAAUAUUUUGUUGAAUCUGAGGCAAAUAAUGAUUUCUCUUAUUCCUCCAGAGACUUCAAUGAAGUUGGUACAAACUACCAUCUUGCCAUUCAAAAUCAUCUAUCAUCAAACCAUUUGGUACAGACUGAAAUCACAAAAGAUUGCAUUCAGUUGUCAAAAUGUGAUACACAGAGAAAAGAGGGAUGCCCAGUGGCAAUUGAUCAACUGGAAGCAGAACUUGAAACUGAACUAGAACGUUUGCAGUUCAGCUUGUGUACUCAAGAAUUAUCAAGGAAUCUGCAGCAGGAACAGGGAGAGAUGGCUGUUGAGAACGAUGCCCAGGCAAGAAGCUAUUUCGGAGAAGUGUAUGACUGUCAUGAUUCAGAUAGCAUUGAGGACCAUGGAAUUUGUCCAUUGGAGCUUGAGAGGAGAUUGCAUGAGCUACUGGAAGCAAGACAGAAAGAGCAGAUAGCAGAGCUUGAGUUUGCUUUGGAAUGUUCCCAGAACAAACUCCUUGAGAAAGAAAUGGAGAUCUCUUGGUGGAAGGACACUGCAAGAGUCAUUUCUCAGCAUGUUCCAGAAACGUGCUUGUCAAGGUACAGACUGCAAUUACCAAAAGCAUUGCACUUGGAGAAGUUCUAGGUUGCACCUUCAUGUAUCGAAAUGUUUAUUGGUCUCAAAUUACUUUUUCAUUCUUUGCUUUUGACAACCUGCAUUGUGGAUUGUAAUCUGCAUAUGAUGAGAAAUACCCAUACAGCAAAGUUGAAAAACUAGGAAUAGCCCUUAACUUGGAAAUAUUGUAGCUUGUCAAUAUACAUUUCCAUGGUUUUUUUGCACUCUGCAUCAAUGUUAUCUUUUUCAGUAA